AUGUCGCGAAUAACCACCAAAAUUGCUUCUCGAUUGCCAUCUGUUUGCGUUCGAGCUAGGCCAGCAUUCAUCUGUGCUAGCGUGAGCCUUUUUAAUCCUCUAAACUCGACUCAAUGGCUCAGAUCAUCGAGAGGAUUCUCUACUACCGUCUUGUCCUCUGCACCUAUUGACAUCCCAUCUAAAUCGACUACCACCAAUGGUCCUCUUAGCGGUAUUCGUAUCUUGGACUUGUCUAGAGUUCUUGCUGGCCCUUAUUGCACAAUGAUCUUGGGAGAUAUGGGAGCGGAAGUCAUCAAGGUCGAAAAUACUGGAUCGGGCGAUGAUACUCGCACAUGGGGUCCACCGUUUGCUCCCAACAAAGACGGAUCUACUACAAAUCAAGAGUCGGCUUACUUUUUAGGCGUCAAUCGCAACAAAAAGUCGAUUCAGGUCAAUUUUAAAACUCCGCAAGGCUUAGCCAUCAUUAAAAAGCUUGCAGCGUCAGCAGACGUUCUUGUGGAAAAUUAUAUUCCAGGAAAACUUGAUGCCAUAGGAUUAGGCUACGAGGCAAUGCAAAAAAUCAACCCCAGAUUGGUGUAUGCCUCGAUCACUGGCUAUGGCCCUGAUGGACCAUACAAGUCUCAUGCAGGAUACGAUCUGAUUAUUGAGGCUGAGGCUGGAUUGAUGCAUAUUACUGGUGAGCAAGAUGGCCCCCCAGUAAAGGUGGGUGUGGCUGUAACAGACAUCAUCACUGGAUUAUAUACCCAUGGUGCGAUCUUGGCUGCAUUGAUGGCUCGCAACCGUACUGGACGUGGCCAGAAAAUCGAUAGUUCAUUGUUGGAAUGCCAAGUUGCUGCGCUGGCUAACAUUGCCCACAACUAUCUUGUUGCAGGCCAAGAAGCCAAACGAUGGGGAACGCAACACUCGGCAAUUGUGCCUUAUCAAGCCUUUCCUACCCAAGACGGUGACGUUGUUAUUGGUGUAGGCAACGAUAAACAGUUUGCAAAGCUAUGCGAGGCCUUGAAACAGCCAGAUUUAGCUUUCGAGGAAAAAUUUGCAACCAAUCGCAGCCGUGUUCAGAACCGUAAAGAGCUGGUAACUAAUGUAUCGAGGCAGACUUAUACGAGGCAGGAAAUGCUGGAUAUGCUCGACACUCUAGGCAUUCCUUUUGGACCAGUCAAUAAUCUCGAACAAACAUUCUCUCAUCCACAAGUGCUGCAUCGUAAGAUGGUUGUUGAGGUGGAUCAUCCUAAAUCUGGCAAGAUCAAACUGGUUGGUGUUCCUGUCAAGUACAGCGACACGAAACCAAGUGUUCGACUUCCACCUCCGCUACUGGGACAGCAUACUAGGAAUGUUUUGGUGGAUGAUCUUGGAUUUAGUGAUGCCGAGGUGGAUGAGCUUAAAGCUAAAGGAGUGGUUUGA